AUGUCCAGCGAUUCUACCAGCCAGCCGAUAGCCGGCAUUCACACUUUUGACCUGCCAUCCGUGUGGCUCGGUGACAUCGCGUUAUGGCUGCGCACUGUAGAGUCACGAUUCGCCCUCCGUCAGAUCACACGAGAGGAUACGAAAUUUCACUAUGUUGUGGCAGCACUCCCAAUGGACAUCGCCACCGACCUCCGCGACAUCAUAGAUUGCCCGCCAACAGAAGCCCCUUAUACUGCCCUAAAGGAGGCCCUCAUUUCCCGCAUUUCCCUCUCAACGCAAAAACGUCUCCAACGUUUAAUUUCUGAGGAGGACCUCGGUGACAGGAAGCCUACGCAGCUUCUUAGGCGUUUGGAGCAGUUGGCAGACGGACAAAAGUUGGAUGCCACCAUGUUCAAGCAACUUUUCCUCCAACGGUUGCCUCCUUCUGUGCAAGCCAUCCUUGCGCCUAACAUUCCUUCGUCGACUGUUCAGAUGCUCGCGGAGACUGCUGACCGUGUACUCGAGUACUACCAGUCAGACUCCAUUUACGCCCAAUAA